UGUGUGUGUCACUAGAUCAGAAAGUUGGUACAUUUCAAUUUUCGACCUUGGUAUCCAAUUUUGUUUUGGUCUUUAAACUAAGCCCUAGACCUUUUUUUUUUUUGAUGGUCAUAUUUAGUCUGUUCAAGUCAUUUCACGUACGUCUGACAUCAACAAUUAUAGACUUGCAGACAUCAAUCAGUGACCAUGAAGUACUUCUGCCUUGUCAUCACAGUGGUCAUUAGUUGGACUAAAGGUCAGACGGUGUCUCCAUUUCCCGAUGUUGUAAGUGCUUUGACAGCCAGUGGUCACUUUGAGACUUUUCUCGAUCUGUUAAAGCCUUCUGGUCUCCUAGAGAGAAUCAAUUCAUCCAGUCAUUUCACUUUGUUUGCGCCAACGGAUGACGCCUUUGCAAAGUUACCCGCCGACACCUUUAACGCCCUGAAGAGCGACCCCAAUCAGUUAGCCCUAGUUCUCGGGUACCACGUGGUUUUGUCCUCCAGUUUCAAGGCGGGAACACAACAAGACACAGUUCUGAAAUCAUCUAACGGCUUGCCUAUUAGGAUUAAUACCUACAGCUUGAUACACAGUAAUGCAGCUAGUGGUGUCAACAUCACCCUCAAAAACAUACCUGUGGUCCACGGCUACAUUCAAGGCGUGAACACAGUCCUGAAUCCCCCUAUCGGUAACAUAGUCCAGAUUGCCAUGAACAGAACUGACCUGAAGACAUUUACCUCCUGGGUUAUUAGUUCCAACCUGGUGCAGUUCUUUUUAAAUGACGAUGACGUCACUCUGUUCGUUCCCAGCGAUGACGCAAUCAAGAAGCUAAGUCCAGCGACUUUAGACUACUUAAACAGUCAUCCCAGCGCCUUGGCAGAUGUUUUGAAGUACCACGUAAUGAGUGACUACACGCUGUUCACCAUUGGCAUGACCCACAGCAUGACCCUCAAGUCAGCUGACCAGCACCAUGACCUCCUGAUGAUCUUAGAAGAUGGUAACGGCGGUCUGUUCGUGAAUCAUGCAAAGAUUGUAGAGAGAGACAUCGCUUGUAUUGAAGGUGUGCUCCACAUCAUUGACAACGUGCUCAUUCCACCCCAUGUUCUUGUUGCCAUACAGGACGCGUCUGUCGCUGUGGGUUAAAUAUCAAACGCUGGGGGUCAAAGGUCGGAAAUUCCGUGGUCCCUAUGUUAUUUAUGAAUAUUUGGGAAUACAUUUUCUUAUUUCAUACAAA